AUGCCACAUAAUAUCAAGGAAGAGGAAGAGGAAGAGGAGGAGGAGGAGGAAGAGGAGGACGAAGCACCGAUUAAUUUACGUAAGAGUACUGGUUUCAAGAUGGUUACCGGCGUGACACCAAACGUGAGUCAGACUACGACACAAAUGAUGAGUGGCGCUGAUGGUCAGCAGACUAAAAUAGUUCAUGAAGCAACGACAACAGAGACAAAAGUGAUUACAUCACAAGGACAACCACGGGUCAAACUGGAUCCGGCAGAGGCUGCGGCAAAGGAAGCAGAAACCCGUACGCAAGCUGAAUUACGUCAGGCAAAACUUAUUGCUGAGCAGAAAGAAGCAAUGGAGAAAGCACAACAAGAAGCGCUUCAACGAGCUCACUUGGCUCAGCAGCAAGCUAUAAAGGAAGCGCAAGAACGUGCCCAACGUGAGGCUCAGAUGCGUGUUCAGCAAGCUCAAGCUGAGGCAAAGGCCAAGCAAGCCGAAGCUGAAGCAAAGGCCAGGCAAGCUGAAGCUGAAGCAAAAGCUAGGCAAGCCCAAGCUGAAGCAAAGGCCAGGCAAGCUGAAGCUGAAGCAAAAGCUAGGCAAGCUCAAGCUGAGGCAAAGGCUAAGCAAGCCCAAGCUGAAGCCAAGAAAAAAGCUGAGCAAGAAGCUUUACGACAAGCGGAACGUGAACGUGCAGAGCAACUGCGUGCCCAGCAACAGGCAAAGACAAUAGCUGCUAAACAGGCUCAACAAGCUCAAAUUCAAGCCCAGAAUCAGCCAUCAAAUGUUCCACAGCAGAAGAAGCAACAAAUUAAUCAGCCACAGCCUCAAAUGAUAACAAAACAGCCCCAAGUGCAAGCAUCAAAAUAUCAGGCACCAACAAAACAGGUGCAACAAAUACCUCAACAACAACAGCAAAAAAAAGGUCCAGCAGUACCUGCAAAACCUGCACAAGCGCCAUUAGCAAGUCAAACUGCGCCUUCAGCAGCAGUUAAAGGUGGUCCAUCAGGUCAUAGAUUAGCUGCACAACGAGGUGGAGGGAGCAUGCAGCAACAAAUAUCUGCAACACCUGCUCAGCAGCAGACAUCGGUGGCGCAAUUAAUUCCAAACACUGGAGAGAGGGUUGAAGUGAUGCGGGGCGGUGAUGUACAGCAAGCUUACCUCAGCAGUAUCAUCAAGCCUGCAGAGGCAUUACCGCAACAAGAAGUGAAGCCAAUACAUACUCAGGAUGAUCAAUCAUGGGUAACACAAAAUCGAAUACCCGUUGAAAUUCAAGCUCCUCAACCAGCAAAAAUCACCAUACCGGAUUUACACGGAAGUGUUGAAGUGAAGCCAACAGUGAUUGUUCCACGGCCAGUGCAAACAACUCGGGUAGAAUGGAAUGAAUUCCCGCAGGAAGAAGCAAAAGAAAUGAUAGAUGUUCCGAGGGUUAAAACCGGUGAAUGGCAUCCGGACAAUCAGAAUGAAAUUAUUGGUGCACAAUCGGUCAGAAGCGCAUAUCAGCCUGGUCGUAUUGGGCACAUUUGGCCUCCGCCACAAAAUGAAAAUAUCGCACCACGACAAGAAGUGACAGUAACUAAAGCAGCUGAAGAUACGGCUUGGAGACGUGAUACGAAAAUGGAAACUGAAACCGGAACAGCUUGGAGUAAAACAGUUCCGCAUAAUUUACAAAGAGUUUGGCCACCACCUGAAAAUGAAGUUCGUAUAGACAGAUCUGUAGGUUCUCGAUUAAAAACCGUUCAAUGGCCACCACCAGAAUUUGAACAGCAAAUUCAACAGGAUGUUGACAUUCUUCAAACACGAUUACCUGUGAAGCCAAAUCAACGUCAGUGGCCACCGCCACCGCCUGAAUACAGACCUGUUGUAGAGCAGAAUGAAACAGUGAUGGAACAGAAGACAACGACAAAAGAAACACCCACUCAACAGAUGCAAAAGAGGAAUACAAUAACGAAAGGAAUGGUACGUGUUGGAGGAGGAAGAUGA